AUGUCUGUGGUGCAUCAGCUGUCACCUGGGUGGUUACUGGACCAUCUUUCAUUCAUUAACAAGAUCAACUAUGAGCUUCACCAGCAUCAUGAACUUAGCUGUAGUAAAAAUGAGUCCAUUUCUUCUGCUCACUUUGGUUCAUCUCAAAAGGAUUCUGUGUCUUCUUUUGGACCCACUGCUACAUCAAUUGCUUCUGACCUAGCCACUAAGUGUGAAACAGACGAUUGUGGAAAUAGUGACGUGCUUGUUCAAAAAUAUUUUUUCCGGUCUGAAUUAUUUGAUAUCAGCAAGCCAUACAUAACUUCAUCUGGUCUUGAAGACAGCCAGCAAAGUCAUGAAAAGGAAGAUCUCAUGGAUGAUGUUAAGAAGGAAAACUCCACUUCUGUUAUUGGGAAGAAGCGUAAGAGGUGCAUGGUUUUCAAUCAAGGCGAAUUGGAUGCAAUGGAAUACCAUGCAAAGAUCAGGAUGCUAAUAUCUAAUGGAUCUUCACAGUUAAUCCAAGAAGGUCUCAAAAGUGGUUUUCUUUGUCCACUUUCUGAAAAACCGGACAAGUGUAGCAAACCCAUUACUUUACCAUGUGAUACUUGCAAUUUAUCAGAAUUGUGUGAAAUGACGAAGCAUUGGUCUUCUCUGCAUGAAAAGGAGCCUGAGAUAUUACAGCUGAUGGAAGAUGAUGCAUUUGUUACAGAGCAGGAUUUAUUUUCACGAGUUGUUGAAAACAAAUCUCCCUUCACAAAAGUAAUUACAUUAAUGAAACAGAAAUACUUGCUUCCACCAAAGAGUCGUUUUCUUUUGUCUGACAUUUCGUGUAUGCAACCACUUCUCAAUUAUGGAAAAAAAUAUGAUGUGAUUGUCAUAGAUCCUCCAUGGCAGAACAAAUCAGUAAAAAGAAGUAACAAGUACAGCUAUUUAUCACCUAUGCAAAUAAAGCAGAUACCUAUUCCUAAAAUUGCUGCUUCAAACUGUCUUGUGAUUACUUGGGUGACCAAUAGACAGAAGCACCUGCGGUUUGUAAAGGAAGAGCUUUAUCCCUCUUGGUCUGUGGAGAUUGUUGCUGAAUGGCACUGGGUAAAAAUCACCAGUUCAGGAGAGUAUGUGUUUCCAUUAGAUUCUCUACACAAAAAACCUUAUGAAGGUCUUAUACUGGGAAGAGUUCGAGUAAAAACUGCUUUACCAUUAAGGAAUGACAAUGAAGAAGUGCUCCCCAUCCCAGAUCAUAAAUUAAUUGUCAGUGUGCCCUGUGCUCUUCACUCACAUAAGCCACCUCUUGCUGAGGUUCUAAAAGACUACAUUAAGCCAGAUGGCGAAUAUUUGGAGUUGUUUGCGCGAAAUUUACAGCCAGGUUGGACUAGUUGGGGCAAUGAAGUUCUCAAAUUUCAGCAUGUGGAUUAUUUUAUUGCUGUGGAGUCAAGAAACUGA